AUGAAGAGAAACGAGAUUGACCUCACUGAGGAAUUAAGAAAGCAAGGGUGGGAAAACUAUUUUCAAAGACUCUAUGGUCCAAUCUACACCUAUCUGGUCAAGGAAUUAUGGAGAAUUGCAUAUUCAGACGACCACUACAUCGUCUCUCAUGUUCUGAGGGUGAAGAUGGUUAUCACUGAGAAAUCCAUAGCCAACCUUCUGAAUAUGGAGAAGACAGGAGGAAGAAGAAUUUAUAACAUCAACCCUAGGGCAAAAUACAUGUCCCAGGAGAUUAUCCCAACAAUCUUCAAACAAAAUAUUGAGCGAAACUCAUCUAAGAACAAGCUAGAAUCUAAGAGUCUAGCUGAAGAUCAUUCUGGGAACUAUUCAUCAUCGCCCAGCAUCGAACUUGCUCACGCCCUCUCCGCCCAAAACAAACCUGAACCAAAAACCAAUAUUCCUUCACCAUCUGAACAACCACCAACACCUCCAUCUGAACCACACAUAGAAACUCCAACUGAAAACCCCAUUACUCAUCAAUCUAAACCUCUAACUGAAAACAUUCCAACACCACUAGCACCUACAUCUCCCACCUCUGAACCUGAACCCACUUUUACCACCCUGGAAGAGGCAGUAGCCUUAUUUGCUGAGUCUUCAGUAGAGAAGAUCAGAUCGCUAUCUAAAAACUCUAGAAUUAGUGAUGAUCCCUCUGCAGUGAGGAUUCACUGGAAUAGAGUGAUCAGAUGGAUGACAUAUGAGGCUUUCAAGUUGAAAAGCCUCUCUGAACAAGUCCGAAACGACUUCAUUAGAGAAGCUGGAGAGAGGUUGCAGGACCGUCUGGUCAGAGAGGCAGAAGAGAGAGCUCGCAGAGAAGCUGAAGAAAAAGCUCGCCUGGAAGAAAAAGAAAUAGCAAGAGAAGCUACAGAAAAGGCCAUCGCUGAGGCUGCUGCUGCUGCUGAAGCUGAAGCCAAAGCCAAGCCAGAUGCUGAAGAAGCAGCACACAUAGCUGUGGAAGAAGCUGCCGAGGCUAACUUUGAUUUCGCUCCUCUAGUGUUGAAGACUCUGGAAGAGCUACAGAAAGAGCAACAUAUUAUGCAAGCAAGAUUGGAUCAACAGGACUCGGUCAACUCCAACAUUCAGAACCCGCUGACUCAGUUGCUUCAGAGGAUGCCGCCUCCUCUGAACCCUUAG